CGCAGCACGAUGUGGAUCUUCAUCUUGCUCCUCUUCUGGGGGUGUUGUGGAAUAUGUAGGUGCGAAACAGUCACAUUAACCCCACCGGAAUCAGCGGCAUGGCGUCGGCUGCUGAAUCUGACAGGGACGGCUUUUGAAACGAAUGAGUGUGUGGAUACCACCGUCUGCCCAGCUUAUGCAACCUGCACCGACACUCCAAAAAGUUACUACUGCACUUGCAAACAAGGAUUCCUGUCCAGCACCGGAGAGACACAGUUCAGGGGCCCAGGAGUGGAAUGCAAAGAUAUAGAUGAAUGUUCUCAAAACCCCCUACAAUGUGGUCACAACUCAGUCUGCAAAAACCUGCCAGGGAGGUACAAGUGCAGCUGUUUGCCUGGUUUCUCUUCUCCUACUGGAAACAACUGGAACCCGGGAAAGCCAGGUCGUUUUGCCUGUACAGACAUCAAUGAAUUCCUCUCCAGUGGGAUCUUGGUUCCCUUCAAGUGUAAAGAAGAUGUGUUACCCAACAAUAAGCAGGUCUGGCUAUGCCAAGAGGGAGCAGCGGUGGAGCCUGAAUAUGUUUCCUUUUGUGCACUAAUGAACACCACCUUCAGCAUCCUGGACGAUGCCUGUGAGAACAAAUCCACCGUCAUUUCUCUGAAGAGUACGGCUGAGAGCGUUACCUCUGUGCUUGAGCAAACGUCCACGUGGUCCAACUUCACCAAAGAAGAAACGUCCACCCUGGCCAUAGUUUUACUGGAGACCGUGGAGAGCACCACAUUGGCAGCGUUCCUGAAAUCCUCAGAGAAUGUCAGUCAGUCUAUUCAGACGGAACACCUAGAUAUUAAGACCCAAGUUAUUAACAAAGAAUGCUCUGAGGAGAACACCGUCUUUAACUUGAAAGCCAAAGGGGAUGAGAUGAAGAUUUGGUGCUCCACAAUUGAAGAAUCUGAAUCCACAGGGACCACUGGGGUGGCAUUUGUCUCCUUUGCGGGUAUGGAGUCUGUUUUGGAUGAGAGCUUCUUCCAAGACCCUCGGGCGCCCUUGGGCAACUCCAGGAGGAAGCUGAAGAUGAAUUCUCGCAUCGCUGGGGGCAUCAUGACAGGGAAGAAGAAAGAUGGCUUCUCUGACCCAAUCAUCUACACUCUGGAGAACAUCGAGCCAAAGCAGAAGUCUGAGAGCCCCAUCUGCGUUUCCUGGAGCACAGAUGCUGAGGGUGGUAGGUGGACGCCAUCUGGCUGUGUGAUGCUUGAAGCUUCUGAGACGCAUACCGUCUGCAGCUGUAAUCGAAUGGCGAACCUGGCCAUCAUCAUGGCUCCUGGGGAGCUCACGAUGGAAUUCUGCUUGCACAUCAUUAGCCACGUGGGCAUGAUCAUCUCACUGGUGUGUCUCGUCUUGGCCAUUGCUACCUUCCUGCUAUGCCGUAGUUGCUGCCGCAACCCCAACACUUACCUCCACCUGCACCUCUGCGUGUGCCUCUUCUUGGCCAAGAUUCUUUUCCUCACCGGUGUAGACAAGACGGACAACCAGACGGGCUGUGCCAUCAUCGCGGGCUUUCUGCACUACCUGUUCCUUGCCUGCUUCUUCUGGAUGCUGGUGGAGGCCGUGAUGCUCUUCCUUAUGGUCAGGAACCUGAAGGUGGUGAAUUACUUCAGCUCUCGCAACAUCAAGAUGCUGUACCUCUGUGUCUUUGGCUACGGGCUCCCGGCGGUAGUGGUGGCUGUCUCCGCUGGCGUGCAACCACAGGGCUAUGGGAUGUAUGAUCGCUGCUGGCUGAAUACGGAGACGGGGUUCAUCUGGAGUUUCCUGGGGCCAGUUUGCACAAUCAUAGUGAUCAAUUCCAUCCUCCUGACUUGGACACUGUGGAUCCUGAGGCAGAAGCUUUCCAGCGUCAAUGUCGAAGUCUCAACGCUCAAAGACACCAGGUUAUUGACAUUCAAGGCCUUUGCCCAUGUCUUCAUCUUGGGGAGCUCCUGGGUGUUGGGCAUUUUCCAGAUUGGACCCAUGGCUAGUAUUAUGGCCUACCUGUUCACCAUCAUCAACAGCCUGCAGGGGGCCUUCAUCUUCCUCAUUCACUGUCUGCUCAACCGCCAGGUACGGGAAGAUUACAGAAGAUGGAUUACCAGGAAGAUCAAACCCAGAGCCCAGUCCGAGACUUCAGGGACCUUACUGUCAUCCCUUCCCUCCACUUCCAAAACGAGUUAAAGCACCUUCUUGCUUUCAAAUAUGCUAUGGAGCAACAUUUGAGGACAGCAGGUGCCGGCAGGAGCUGACUCUAAAAUCUUCUCUUCGUGGCUUAAUGUGGAAAUGCAGGGUCCCGCCAGCUCCGGGAAUCUCUGGGCAAUUCGGAGCACUGAUUUGGGGGGCAGUCUUCCGGUGGUUCCACACACUGGUGAGAAACAAGACUUUCUCUUCCAGGUUAUCAUUUUGUCUUUCAUGUUCUGCAGUCCUUUGAAUUUCCAGAGUGUUGAGGAAAUAAUAGAUCCUAGUGCAAUGGCAUGACCAAGAAUACCUGGCUACCAUUUUGUUUUCUCAUAAGUUUUUUGGCACAUGGCUCCAAGCCUGCCUCUCCGGCACCUGUCACAGAGUAGCCCUCAGGAAAUGACAUGUCUGACCGACUGGCUUAUCCUUUGACAAAGACUCCUCCUGCCUGUAAAGAAAUGGCCAGUAAGACUGUAACGAGAGCCCCAGGGGAUAAACAAAGCUCACUGACAUGGACGCCACUUUGGCACAAACACUUAAAAGAGUUAUGUUGGUAAGCAGGAGCGGUCGAUGGAGCAGAAUUCCAGCGUUUCACAGAGAGUUGAAGGACUUGAUGAUGAAGCCUUGGGGAAUAUUUUGGUUUCCUGGAAGCUUUCAGGGAACCAACAUCUCCCUUCCUUCCUGGAACUGUUUUGUGACUUGGCUAGGAUUCGCACCGCUCACAAAGUUAUCAGCAUCCUGCCUUGCUCUUCAUCCCCCCUAAAAUCUUGAGUGCCAGGGAGAGAAGAAGGAAAAUUUGAAAUUAGAUAUCCCUCCCUUCCAUGGCCACUCUCCAGCCUGCCUCCUCAAAGUGUGGUCCGUGGACCAGAAUCAUCAGCAUCCCUUUGUUAGAAAAGCAGGAUCUCAGGCCCCAGCCCAGGUCUGCUGAACCAGAACCUGUGGUUUAACAAGAUCCCCGGGGGUUUGUGUUGUGCACAUAAAUGAAUGAUCUAGAAUGUUCUUCUGUUUUCCAUGCUGAUAGCAGAGCUUGUCUUUAAAACUAGAAAAGAAAACAUGUUCUUAGCUUUAGGACUUUGCAUCUGCCAUUUUCUCCUCUUAGGACACCUUUCCUCAAAAUUGGGCUAAUUUCACCCUCUCUUUGAGUCUCAGCUUAGUCAUCACUUCCACCAGGAUGCACUCUGUGAGUCUCUUGAAGGAGGAUUGGAUGUCACCUCUGCGUGUCCUCUAAGGCUUCAUGCUUUCCAACCCUGUGUUAUAAUUUCUUUUCUUUAGUGUCUCCAAUUAGAUUCUGAGCUCCUUAAGUACAGGGCAGUAUAGUCAGUGGAUUCUCCGUAAUAUGUUGAAUGAAAGAGUGAAUGAAUGAUUACUCUCCAUUUUGAAGUUGAGGAAACUGAGGCUCAGGGAGGUUAAGUAACUUUCCCAUCAUUACACAGCUGUAGGGAGCUGAGCUGGGCUUUGAACUCUUGACCAGAGAGCUCCUCUUCCAGGCCACUAGUCCUUCUCCUUCUCUUUCUUUGACCCCAGGAAUUCUUAAAUGGGGAUACAGAGAAAAGACUAAAUAUUUACUUUGAGUCAACUUACCAUUUAGGAUUCAGUUCACUCAGUAAUGAUCCUGUGUUGAACAAUUUGAUCACAACAUUAAACUUGAUUGAUGGAGGCUCAGUCUUUGUUAUUUGUGGCAGCCAUAAUUUUGGAGGGGGGCUGACACAUGUUUACAAACAAGAGUUCAUUUAUUAUAGGUUGGUCUUCAAUGCUUGGCUUGUCCAGAGGGUUCAACACAGAGGUGAGAAUUCUAAGGAUAUUGAAACAAGAGAAGGCAUGAUUUUUACCCAUCGCCAAUUGUGGUAGGUUGAUUGCAUCAAUGCCUUCAAGAAUGGUUUCCAUGACUCUACACUCCUUCCCUGUAACUUUGUAACCCUUCCUUCUCUGACUCUGGCUUGGCCUUGAGAGUUUAUUUGGCCAACGGAAUGUUAGCAAGCAUGACUCAGAGGUUUCAAAAUUGGGUGUGCAUCCCUUCUUGCCCUUUGCAUGAUUUGUCUUGCCCGCUCUUGCACUCCUGCCUCCGCCAUAAGAACGUGCCCAGUCUAACCCGCUGGAGGGAUGUGAGAAACAUAUGGAGGAGAGUUAAGUCAUCCCA